AGAAUAAUUAUAUUGUUUUAUUCAAAUUGAUAAACUAGUUUUACUAAAAUUUGGCAAAUCAAUUGGGAGAAAUUUGUAUAUAAGGAAAAAUUGUCUUGUUUGAAAUCAGUGUUCAAUCAUCAUCGAACAAAUCAAUCACAAAAUGAAUUCCCUUAUUGUUCUUGCUGUUAUCUCCAUGGCUGCUCUGGCCAGUGCUGGUACACUUCUUGGAGGAGCAGCUCUUACUACUGGCCCUCUCGCCACAUCCUCUCUAGUCUCACCCCUAGGUGUUCACCAAGCUAACGUUCUUUCUGCACCAUGGAACAGUGGCGUACUGGCUUCCCCAUCAUGGGUAGGUAGUCCACUUUUGCAGAGGACUGUCUCCACCCAUGGAGUUUUGGGAUCACCCUGGCUCAGUUCUUCAGCUAUAGUAGCUCAGCCAACUUUAGUCCAUGGUGGUUUGGUUGGAGCCCGUACCAUCUGGUAGAUAAUAAGUGUUUGUUAAUAUUCUGUAAAUUUUGAAGAAAUAUACUGUAAAUAUGUA